GCGUUGGGGGCCGCGGCGUGGGUAGAGCCGGGGGUGCGGCUGGAUGCCGGGGUGCGGGGAGGCUCGCAAGUGGUCCGGGGGUGCAGAGCGGCAUCGGGGCCGCGGGACGCGGAGGGCACGAGCCGGGCGCUGUGGGGCCGGGGGCACGGCCCGCUGCGCUGCGGCCCCUCGAGAGCCCCCGGUGGGGGUAAGCGGGACAGCACGGGCCGAGAGGUGACGGAGCGGCGCUGCGUGACUGCGGGACGGCCCGGGACCCCGGGUGGCGGAGGGCCGGGCUCGCUGGAAGGCCGGGCUGGAGCGGGCCCCACCGCCCGUUGCUAAGGCCGGGCCCCGCGUUGCUAGGGGGCGUGUCUGCUCCCGCGCAACUCUCGCGAGAUCUGCCCGAGCGUUGCCUGGGAGACCGCGCAGCUGCUGUCGCCGCCAUGGCACCCAAAAAGCAAGCUGGAAAAAAGGGGAAGGGGGGCAAAGCCCCAGCAGCGGUGGAUGCUGUGUCCCUGGAAGAGAUGAGCAAGGAGCAGCUGCAGGAGCACAUCACGCGUCUCCGGAAGGAGCUGGACCGGGAACGGGAAGAGCGCAACUACUUCCAGCUGGAGCGUGACAAGAUUCACACCUUCUGGGAGAUCACCCGAAGGCAGCUGGAGGAGAAGAAAGCGGAGCUGCGUAACAAGGACAGGGAGAUGGAGGAGGCGGAGGAGCGGCACCAAGUGGAGAUCAAGGUUUACAAGCAGAAGGUGAAGCACUUGUUGUAUGAACACCAGGAAAACCUGACCGAGCUGAAAGCAGAGGGUACCUUGUCCAUGAAACGGGCCCAGAAGGAUCACUGGGCUCAGGAGACAGAGCUGCGCAAAGAGAUGCGUUCCUUGAAGGUGGACCUGAAGGAGCAAGAGCUGGCCAACGAGGUGGUGGUGAAAAACCUGCGCCUGAAACAAGAGGAGGAGAUCACACAGCUAUGCAAUGACUUCGAGAGACAAGUGAAAGAGAUGGAGGCCAAGUACAACAAGAAGAUGCAAGCGCUGCGGGAGGAGCUUGACUUGCGCCGAAAGACUGAGAUCCAUGAAGUCGAGGAGAGGAAGAACAGCCAGAUCAAUGAGCUGAUGAAGAACCACGAGAAAGCCUUCCAUGACUUCAAGAACUACCACGACGAUGUCACCUUCCAAAACCUGGCACUCAUCAGCUUGCUGAAGGAACAGAUGGAGGAGAUGAAGAAGAGAGAGACUCACUUGGAAAAGGAGAAGGCAGAUGUCCUGCUCCAGAACAAGCAACUGAAGGAACCCCUGCAGCAGGCCCAGGAGCAGGUGUUUGAGCUGCAGAAGAAGUUGGCCCACUACAAUAAGGACAAGGAAGCUCUGAUGAACACAAAAGCCCAUCUGAAAGUCACCCAGAAGGAACUGAAAGACCUUCAAUGGGAGCACGAAGUGCUGGAGCAGCGGUUCAGUAAGGUGCAGGCAGAGCGAGAUGAGCUCUACCAGAAGUUCACCAAAGCCAUUAACGAAGUGCAGCAGAAGACUGGGUUCAAGAACUUGCUCCUGGAACGCAAGCUGAAAGGACUCCUCGAUGUCCUGGAGAAAAAGGAGGUGGAGCUCAGUGAGGUCUUUGCAACCUCCAACCUGGAUCCAGGCGCCCUCUCCUUGGUCUCACACAAGCUGGAGGUACUGUGCACUGCUGCAGGGCCCUGUGGAAGCUGUCCUUCCCUCCUCUUGAAGGGCAGAGGCUGCUCUGCUGAUCGCUCUGAGACAAACGCAGACCUUAGAGGUGUGAGCAUGGUCCUGAGGUGCAUGGGCAGCAGAAGGGCAGAGCCUGGCUGUGUGGCAGGAAACAGUCCCUGUCUUCUCUGCACUGUUGCAUACCUGCCUGUAUGGCCAGUCCCCAGCCUCAGAACACUGCAGAAAGCACCUCAGCCUGCUCUGCUGUUGGCUGCACCACGUAGGAAGCUGGGCUGUGAUUGUUGUGGCAGUUGUUCCCAGCACACCCAUGACUGCGGUGCCGCAGGGCGCUCCGGCUCUCCCUCGAGAGUGGCAUGUGGGCGUUUGGCACUGAUCUGUAGCUCAGGUGGAGUCUGUUUCAAGGAGAGUGGCCCCAGGCAGCACUGCUCAGGUCUCUGUGCUGACAGGUGGCAUUUGGAUGUGCUGCUGAGCAGUGGGCUGUAUGAAGGGCCUUUCUCUGCGAGCCUGGCACUCUGUGUGCAGGGAGCCACUGCUGGUGAACCUCACCAUGCCUCUCUCCUGGCCUCGCUGGCUGCAGAGGCAGCACAGACAGGUUCCCAGUGGCUCUGCAAUGUCUGGCAUGCUAAAAAUACAUAUGCAGAGAGCGUUGGCGCGGUGCGGCGGCUCAGAGACCCGCAUUCCUAGGGCAUGC